AAUGAUUAUUUAUAUAAAUCAAAAGUAAUUACCUUAGUUUUAGCGGUUUUUGGCCUACAUAUUGUUGCAAUUAUUGCCACUAGACGUCGAUGCAUGCUACUCCGCAGCCUCGGCAGAUGUCGUUGUAGCGCAUACCCAUUUUGGAAGCAUGUUCGCCAAAUGGUCAGCGUCCUAUUGUGGUAGCUGAUACUCUGUAGAUACUUUUUCUUGACCUAUUUAAUAAGUCGAUGGUUCUUUUCCUGUCAUAUGUUGGCCAUAAUUGUUUAGUUAUGACGCAUUUUGUAAUGUUUUUCCACCUGUUAUUUGCAACUUGUUGAAAUUGUCUAUUGAUCUCUCCUUUGAUCGAUGCUAGCGGGGUUGGUAUUAGCUCCGCCUCGGAUUCGUUAAGGAAAGCUCCUGCCUUUGCCAACUCGUCUGCUUUUUCGUUACCGAAAAUGUUCCUGAGACCGGGAACUCAGAUCCAGUCUAGUUGGAGCUUGUCUUUUGUUGAGCUUAGUGCUCUCUUACAGUUGUGAACUAUACUGGAAUUUGUCAUGGGUGAAGACAAGGCCAGAAGCGCCGCCUGGCUAUCCGUAAAUAUAGUUGAUUUAUGUAUAUUCUCGUGAUUUUCUAAUAGAACUUCGCAGGCUUUUUCUAUGCCUAGUACUUCUGCUUGGAAGAUGCUAGCCGAGUUCGGUAGACGUAUAGAGAGAGAUAUGCCCAGAUCAGCGGAGAAUACCCCCGUGCCUACUCCGCAGUCCAUUUUGGAUCCGUCGGUAUAGACUGAUGGUAUCCUCCUCUCCUAUUAAACCUCUUCUCCAUUCUCGUCUAGAUGGCAUCCUCACCUGGAAGUGUCUAUUGAAAUCCAGCUUUGGGAGAAUGUACUCUGAUUUAUUAAUGGUGAGCUUGUUUAGGAUUACACUAUGUCCGUAGUUCUGCUGAUUCCAACCACCCAAUUCUUUUAUUCUAAUCGCCGCAAUAGCUGAUGUUUUGUGAAUAAAAAUGUCCAUGGGUAAUUGAUACAGGACCACAUUGAGCGCAUCAGUCGUAUUGCACCAGUAACACCCGCACAUGCUGCUCUUUGAAUUCCAUUUAAUUUUCUAAUGUUGUAUUGUUUGUUCAGUGCUGGCCACGAUACCAGAGCUCCAUAUGUAAGUAUAGGUCUUAUAACAGCCGUAUACAUCCACAUGAUUAUACUUGGUGUGAGGCCCCAAUUCUUGCUGGCCAUUCUCUUACAAGUAUAGUAGGCCAUAUAUGCUUUAUUUAUUCUUUUUUCUAUAUUUAUUUUCCACGACAGUUUGAUGUCAAUCUCCACUCCCAAGUAUUUAGCUGGGGAUCAAGUGAGUGUUGUACCGUUUAGUACCGGAAGUUGAAACUGAGGUAUUUUGGUUCUGCUUGUGAAUAGCAUCAGUUCUGUUUUGUUCUCCUAGUCCAUUGUUCUUAGCCCAUAGGUUUAACCUUCAACAACUCUAUAUAGUCUGCAUAUGCUACUGUUUUCACUCCUCCACCAUUUAGUUGGAGUAGUAUUUCGUUCAGCCCUACAACCCAUAGAAGCGGAGAGAGGACCCCUCCUUGAGGCGUCCCUCUACUCACAUAACUUGUUUGUAUUGCAGCGCCGUUUAAAGCUAUAAUCUUCCUAUUCUCAAGCAUCGAUAGUAUCCAUCUGCACACAAUGUCAUCUAUGCCAUCAUGUGCCAGAUAAUUAAUUAUAGCAUUAACUUCUAUGUUAUUGAAGGCGCCCUCUAUGUCUAGAAAAGCCGCCAUGGUGUAUUGUUUGUGUUGUAGUGAUUUUUCAAUUACACUUAUCAUCUCGUGAAGGGCAGUUUCGGUUGAUCGGCCCUUUAUGUACGCAUGUUGGGACUUCGAUAACUUUUCCGCCAUUAUUGUUCUUACAUGUAAAUCUAUUAGCCUUUCUAGUACCUUCAGCAUAAAGGAGGUAAGGCUUAUAGGUCUAAAACCCUUGACAUUCUCGUGAGUUCUUCUACUUGGUUUUGAAAGAAACCCAACUAUACCUCUUUUCCAACUUCUUGGGAUGUAAGUAGUUGAAUGCUAGGUUUGUAUAUAUUUCCAAGACCCUCGUUGAAGGUGUUUGCUGACUCCCGGGGAAGUGCGCUGUAAUUAUUACCUCCAGAGACUCUUUUGCCGAGGAGGUCCAAUCACUUCCCUCCGCCCUAAUGUAGGCAGUAUUAAUACGAUCUUUGGAUAGCAUAUUGCUCAGCCUAGCAGUUUCUCUGCAACUUUCUAUCGAUGUGCAGAAAGAUCGCCAUGAGUCGUUUUUAGCUUUCCUGACUGCUUUUUGUAUCUUUUCAUAAUAUCUUUAUAUGGCUGCCAGAUUUUGGUUAUAAAACUCUCAUUGAAAGCUUAGUUGUGUUCUCAAAUUCUUGAGUACACUAUUCCACCAAGGAAGAGACUUUCUCUUUUUUAGAACUGUUGGCGGAGUGGAUUUAUUGAAAGUUGUGGUUAAGAUUUUUUCCAACUUCUCUAGUUCUGAAUCUAGUUCCUGAGGACUACUAAUACUCGUAUUACCUCCCUUUUCAAGGCAUUUUGUUGCUAUACUGGUAAAUUUUUCCCACGCUGUUCUUCCAGGGUUACGAUAUAUGAGAGGAGCACUGUACUUCUCGCGGAUGCUGAACACUGAGGGAUGCAUCACACUCUAUUAGGACAUCUUCCUUCUUGAUUUUCUCUACUAGUCUGGUGAGCUGGCCGGGGGUAUGUCCUCGACAUGUGCUAAGUAGGCCGAAACCAAGAAGAAGGGCUUUUUCUUCUGUUCCACGUUUACGACUGUGAUGUCUGCUGUGCUGUAAUUAGGACAAAGAAAUGCAUUUAUAUUUCUAUUGAUAAGAAUGCAUGCCCUAGGUUUACCUUUGUUCCGGAUGUAAAAAAGAUUUUAGUUGCUGCUGUUUAGUUCUUUAAUGGUGUCUUCAUUGACCCAGGGCUCCUGUAUUAUGCUGAUGUCGAUGCCCCUUCGUUCAUGAGGGUUGUCAGAUUCGCUGUAGCACUCUUCGAAAGAAAUCAAAACAAAGAAAGUUGUUGAAGCCGUGCUAUAUUUUUUUAUAAAGGUGAAAUACUAUUGUUUUUGCUCAAAAGUGAUGCAUCCAAUAAUUUUUUUAUAUUCGUCUUCGGAAUCUGAGGAAGAAAACGUGCAGCAAUAAGGAACCGAAUGCGAGACAAAAGCAAUCCCUUGGCAUUGCCGGAGGCAGCCUUCAGGAAACGGUUCAGACUCUCUAAAAGUGCAUUUAACUACGUAUUGGCUGUACUCAAAUUUGAAGGGCAUUUGUCAACCGCAGUGGCACCAAUGAUUCAACUGGGAGCGACUUUGUCCCUUUUGGCCAGUGGUGGCUACCAGCACUUGGUGGGAAAUGACUUUUUGAUAGGAAUAUGUCAAAGCACUAUUUGCAAAAUAAUAAAAAAUGUAAUCAGCGAAAUGGAAACAAAGUUGUGCCCCCAAUUUAUUAAAUUCGUGCCCGACAAUCUUUCGGAAUGCACGAAAUCGUUUGUUGAAAAAUACAAAAUUCCUGGAGUUACUGGAUGUAUUGAUGGCACGCACUUUGGGCUGCAAAAACCAACAGUAAAUGAGCACAUGUUCUUCAACAGUAAAGGAUACCAUAGCCUCAACUCAAUGAUAAUAUGUUACCAUGAAUACCGCAUUUUGGCCAUUGACUAUAAGUAUGGUGGAGCCGCACACGAUUCAUUUGUGUGGAAGCAUUCGGCACAACGAAAGUUUUUGGAGGAGCAAUUUAACCAAAAUUACUUCAAAAAUGUUUAG